AAGAAAACCUUACAUAACAGACAAAAAUAAGAUAAAUUCAAAAUAUAUAUAUAGAUAUAUAUUUUUUGUUCACUCACCCUUUAUAUAUAUAUAUGGAUGAAUAUGCAUAUGUAUGUAGAUAAAAAGUCAUAAAAGUUUGUUGUUGUUUGGAAAGUCCUCUCGACUGUCAUCCUGCUCUUGCUUUUUGAGGUGUCUGUAAGUGAAUUGGUUGAUAUUUGGAGGCCUCUCCUUCGUGACAGGAUUUCCACUAGUUUUACAAGAUAUGCUGUCGAGUGCAAGUGUUGAUCCUGUCUUCCUUCGCUUAGAUGAAAAGCUUACACACCUAUCUGGUACAGACUCCGAGUGUUAUAUCUACAAAGUGCAUGAUCGACUACGUUGGCAAAAUGAAAAGUCAUAUGAACCAGAAAUGAUGGCUAUAGGACCAUAUCACCAUGGUAAAGAGAACUUACAAUGGAUGGAAGAACACAAAUUACAGUAUCUGCGAUUGCUUCUUAAACGAAGAAAUGAGACCAGUGUGGAUAGAUACAUAGUAGCCAUGAGAGAUUUGCAAGAACGAGCACUUAGAUGUUAUGCAAACUCUGUAUGGCUUAACAAAGACGAGUUUGUGAAAAUGAUGCUUCUUGACAGCUGCUUUCUCGUUGAGUUGUUUCGCAAAUUUACCAUAACAAGUAUGAGAGAUAGAAAUGACCCGCUCUUCAAAAUAGAUUGGAUACUUCCAACAUUAUGGCGCGACUCAUUGUUAUUUGAAAAUCAACUUCCAUUCUUUGUUCUUGUGGAGUUGUUCAAUAUGACCAAAGUUCUCGACCCUCAUGACAAUAUCACUGAUUUAGCCAUUCGAUACCAUCAUUGUGUCAGUCAAUAUGCAUCCCUAGGUCCUGUAAAGAUUUUAUACGCUUAUAAUGGAAUUUCAACUUGUGGUGUGAAACAUUUUCUUGGUCUGGUACACCAAAUUACAUCUUUUUCACUCUCAAAAUCAGUACCUCUAACAAGUGCCGUCGGAGACAAGAUAAAGAAAUGGGAACACAUACAAUGUGCCACAGAGUUACAUGAAAUUGGGAUCAAGUUCAAGAAAUCUAACUGUGGUACGAUCUUUUAUAAUGUAAAAUUUAAAAAUGAGGUAUUAGAUAUCCCGACAUUAGUCAUACAUGAGAAGAUAGAAUGUCUUUUUAGAAAUGGAAUUGCAUACGAGCAACAUCAUCUCGAGGAGGACAUUGGCCUCAAAUAUACCACUGACUAUUUUACUUUCCUGUGUUGCCUCAUUAACUCGUCACAGGAUGUCUCCUUGCUUUGUCGCUAUGGAAUUCUCAAAAACAUGCUAGGUGGUGAUGAAGUGGUUGUGUCAAUUCUUAACAAGAUUUCUACUUGUGUCGUUGCACCUCGUGACAAUUUUUAUUACUCGCAAGUAUUUGACGACGUAAGCAGGUAUAGUAAGCAAUGUCGGAACAUAUGGACUACAAUGUUAAGGCGUGAUUAUUUCAACAGCCCAUGGACAGUCAUCUCAUUUCUCGGAGCUAUUAUGUUGCUUCUACUCACUUUGACACAGACAGUGUUUUCCAUUCUUGCUUACUUCUGUAAUAGAGGUUGUUGAGCCCAUGGCAAAACUUUUAAGUGAGAUUAUUUGAAAUCUUGAACUAUAUUCUUAAGAAAGUUGGAAG